AUGGCUACAGUCGAGAAGCCGAGCGCUCAUGAGGCGGAGCACAUUUCCGAUACCUCAAUCGACCACGCUGUGGCUUACGAGGGGGGCAAGGAGACAGGCCUAAGCGAUGCUCACCUCUGUUCCGACGCAGACAACAAACGCAUUCUCCGUAAGACGGAUAUUUGGAUGUUAUCGCUUCUUUGCAUGGUUUACUUCCUGCAAUCGGCCGACAAAGGAAUCAUCGGAUUAACAGCUGUUUAUGGUCUCAAAGAAGACGCGCAUCUUGUUGGCAACGACUACUCAAACAUCGGCAACAUUGGAUACUACGCGCAACUUGGUGUGCAACCCUUGGCAGCAUGGAUACUCGUCAAGCUUCGAUACCGCCACGUCCUACCCGUCAUCAUUACCUGCUGGGGUAUUUCAGUUGCCGGCGGUCUUGGUGGUUCCAGGAACUACGCCGGGUUGCUCGCAUCGCGUUUCUUCCUCGGUGCAUUUGAGGCUGCAGUCAUUCCGCUGUUCUCGAUGAUCACCAUUGCAUUUUACAGGCGUUCCGAGCAGCCGUUCCGCGUAGCUUGCUGGUAUAGCUGCUAUGGUCUUAGCACCCUGAUUAGUGCACCCAUCGUCUAUGGCUUCGGUCGCAUCCACUCAUCUACGCUUUACCGGUAUCAGAUCGUCUACCUUUUCUUCGGACUCCUGACCAUCGUUAUCGGCCUCAUCACAUACUGGUGGGCCCACGACAGUCCUGGAGAGGCUCGAUUCUUGUCGCCAGAGGAUCGCCUGAAGGCCGUCGACCGAUUGAAGGCCAAUCAACAGGGUAUCGUCUCGCACAAGUUCAACUGGAAGCACGUCAUUGAGGCUGUUACUGAACUCAAGUACUGGCUGUACAUGAUUAUGGUUAUUGCCGUCAACGCGGGCGCUUCAGUCUCUUCGGUGUUUGGUUCCAUCAUCCUCCGGAACCUGGCCGGGUUUAGUGCGGAUGAAGCCGUUCUACUGAAUAUGCCCUUUGGAGCACUUCAGUUUGUGUCCAUUCUUGCUGCGUCAUAUCUGGCAUACCGAUUCAAGCGAAAGUCCCCCUUCUUGCUCGGCCUUGUCACCAUCGUCAUUGUCGGUGUCGCUUUGAUGGUGGCGCUUCCGAAAAUCCCCUCCAACAAGGGCGGUCUACUUGCAGGCUACUACUUGAUCGCCUUCGUAUAUGCAAUUAACCCUCUUCUCAUCUCCUGGAUGGGUGCCAACUGUGCCGGACAGACCAAGAAGGCUAUCUACUAUACCUCAUUCAACGCUGGCAACUCUAUUGGCAACAUCAUCACCCCUUACAUCUUCGAUGCGAAGUUCGCGCCGCAAUACGUCAAUGCUCUCAAGGGUAUCUUGGCAAUCUGGUGCAUUCUUUGGGGUGUCGUCAUCGCUCAAAUUGUCCUGAUUGCCUGGAUGCAGAAGAAGAAGUGCGAUCAGCGUGAAGCAGCCGGUCUUCCUAGAGAUCCUAUCGACUAUUCGAUGAGCGGUCAUUUCCAUGAGGCUGGUGCCGAAGUUCAUGGCGAGAACGGUCUGCAGGAUAUGACUGACAAGGAGAACAUCUACUUCCACGAACUAUCGCCUACCUCCUCAUUCCGUGCAUUUCAGUCUUCCUAUUGCCCCUCCUGCUCGCAAGAUGCGCCGAAACCCUACAUACUGAAGCUCGUCAAUCCUCCACCGACCAAGGCCAAUGACGAAGGUCACUCUCGAAAAAUCUUGAGCUACCAAGUCGAACAAUACUUUUAUAGCCACCUCGCCCUCCAGUUGCCAGCAACACUACCGGUCGCCAAAUGCCUGGCUAGCAUCAACAAGCACAAUACUGAUGGGACCUCAAUGACUGCAAUGCUGUUGAGCGAUCUCCGGCAACAGUAUCCCGUGGCUGGAGAGAAGCGCAACGUGCUCACGACAAUCCAGGCUCAUGCAGCACUGGACUGGUUGUCUGGGUUUCACGGCUUCUGGUGGUCUCGCGUCAAGUCCCUAAACUCUUCUUCGCUCGUACUGCCCCCACUUGAGGAGGUGAAGCGCGACGGACAAGACGCGUCGAACAAGUCGGUCUGGCUGAACGGUGGGUAUACGUAUUUGGCGACGCGCCGGAAGGAGUAUGACAGCCUGGCGGCAGAUUACGACUCAGAAUGGAACGAACCACUAACUGAGUGGGCUGAUGACGAAGAUGUCUCCAUAUCCGAGAUAGCAGCUGCGUUCCUCUCGCCGAAAGCUGUCGGUUGGACACCAAUUGAAGGUUAUCAAACUCUUAUACAUGGUGACGUGAAGUCUGAAAACAUGUUCACAAGCAGCUCCGGUGAAGAGGUCGCAUUUUACGACUUCCAAUAUGUUGGACUUGGUCUUGGAGUCUGCGAUCUAGCAAAGUUCUUCACCUGCUCCGUUCCACUGAACAUGCUCGUUGCCGACAGCCAUAUUCCAUCGGAGCUAUCCAUGCAGGAAGGCGAGAGGCAGUUGUUGGAGCGAUAUUGGAAGAGACUGGUAGAGGUCGGCAAACAAGAGUACACCUGGUCCAUCUUCGUGCGACAUUGGGAGACGGCCCUCGUGGAUUGGUUGCGCUUCCAGGCCAGCUGGGGCUUCUGGGGAAACACCGACUGGUUGGAGGCCAGGGUACGGAGCAUACUCAAAGACCAAGAAUGGAGAGACGCGUUGAUCAGUAACGUGGACAAGACGAGUAUCAGCAAUCAACGCGAAGCCUCCGGGUGA